ACACAAUAUUCUCCAAGUGGUGAUUUUGUAGACAUGGGUACUGAUGACAGUGCUGGAACCCGUAAAAUGAUGGAAACAUUUAUGGGAUUUUUAAAAAAUAAUAAUAAAUAUUGCAGAAUUUCACGAGUCCCAGAAUUUAAUAUUAAAAAUUCGGCUGAC